AUGUCAUUCGAGGGUCUGCAGGAACGCCUGACGGCCCUGCAAGAGACCACGGGGCAGCUCAAGGAGCUCAUCAACAGGCUCCAGAAUCUCAAGUUCCAGCCUGGCUCGGUGCCGCUCGGCGCGGACGAGGACAGCGAUGUCAGCGCAGAGCUGAGCUCCGAGAUCAGUCAGAUCUUGAGGGAGGAAGAGGAGGAGCUUGAGCUUUUGGGCGAGGAGGUCGAGGACCUUAGGGACGGGCGACCGGGAAGCGAGGCGGAACACACCAAGACGCGGCUUAAAGAUGGACUCGACCGCUUAAGGCAGGAGCUGAAGACUUCUCGAGUCACUUUCCGCAAGGCACAGCUCACAGCGAAGCGCAACCUCACACAGGCGCAACGCCUCGAGCGCGAGCUCCUCCUACAGUCCUAUUCACAACCCGUGUCCGAAGCGUCCUCCCCGUCCCUCGGCGCGCAAAAGGCACCGCUGCCCGACAUCGUUCGGCACCGGCAGGUGCGCCAGGCCAAAGACGACUGGAACACGAGCUCCCUGACGGAGGACGACAAGCAGACGGUAGGGGCGAGCAACGAUGUCACGAAUGCGCUGCGGCAGACGCACGAACGAAUCGCUGCGGAGCUGGCGAGGAGCGAGUUUGCGCACCAAGCGUUGGAGGAGUCUUCGCAGGCCUUGAAGCAGCUCAACGAGUCGUACGGCUCUCUCGACACGAUGCUGGCGAGCUCGAAGGAUCUUCUGGGCACAUUGUUGCGGUCGCAAAAGAGUGAUACAUGGUACCUGCAGACGGCUCUCUACAUGCUGAUGGCUACAGGGGCGUGGCUGUUGUUCAGGAGGUUGCUGUACGGGCCGAUGUGGUGGUUGGUCUGGUUGCCCUUGCGGCUGAUGUUCAAUGUUAGCAUCGGCAGCAGCAGGGCGGUUGUCAAGUACGCCAAUUCCGGGGGCGCAUCAGAGUCCGUGGUUGUUGGGGGCGAAGGAAAGAUUGACGUCGAGGGUCUCCCUGACGAGUCUUUGCCCACAUUGGACGUGCGUGAGCCUCAACGAUCGGCGGCGGUUGGUGGGGAUCCCGAAUCACUGCUUGAGAAGGUGGGUAAGAUUGUGGAGGAGAUGCCUGCGGAGAUCGGCGAAGAGGCGACGACAGAAGGUGACGAUGGUGUUGUUGACGAGAAGCCUGAUGCUGAGGUCGUGGUUGACCCGGUGCCCGACAAUGAUCUAAAGCAAGGGGCGCAAGAGGAGGUUAGACAGAGAGAUGAGCUGUAA